AUGCCACGUCCAAAGAAAGUGGGAGCACCAGAACCUAAGAGAAGGAGUAGGAAUGGAUGUUGGCCCUGCAAAGCUCGCAAAGUUAAAUGCGACGAAACUCGCCCAACUUGUGUGAAAUGUUCGAAACUGAACGAAAUCUGCGAUUACAGUAUACGAUUGAAUUGGGAGGGUCGAGGCAAGAAAAGGGUUCAGAAUGGUAUCAUUACUACUGGGCCGAAUACUUUCUUGACCUCGAACCAAACAACUCCAAAUGCAAGUAACAACCCUUCGGCUUCGGGGUCAUUUACUAGCUUCCGAUCUCUCCCCGCAGCAUCUGCGCAUCGUGAUGAGCAUUCAAGUCGCGACGACAGGGCGUCUGGGGAACGUAUAGCCGAUACAUCGAUGAUCGAUCCCGCCUUGAUCCGACCUGCAUAUCCACCCAUUGUAACUUUCCAAGAUAUAUUGCCCAAAGAUUAUGGUCGCCAAAGCCAACACUACCCUCAAAGCUUUGAACGAUAUCAAUCCAGUACCUCUAUCACUCCACUCUCAGCCCAGUCACCUGGCCUGUCGAUAUUCGGUCAUCUUCAAGUUGCGGAUGAAUCUGGAAGUCCAAUUUCAAACAGAAGCGCACUCCCAAGUACCGAAAGUCCAUUGUCAACUCCUCCAUAUCUCGGAAGUGGUUACGGAACACCAGCGACUGAGAGCUCUAUAGCAGAUCGACCUGCUAAACGCACACGAUACGACAGUUCACUUCAUAGUGCACGAAUGCUUCCUCCCUUAGUGUCCAAUCCGGAUCCCAACUACGACUCUCGAAACACAACCAUUCAUACUUCCCAGGUAGAAUCUGAAUCAAUGCGCGGGGUGGAUAUUGAUAAGGCCAAAGCUAGACCAAGCCGUGAAUUCUCACGCAGACUCUCGGUAAAUUCACUGUUGUCGGGACCGCUUGAUGGAACACCCUCUGAACAACCCAGCAAUGGGAGAGGGUGGGAUUACCAAAGUCAGGAUUGGACACCGUACAUGCAUGAUGUAUACCAGGAUACAGAAACAUGGGGGAUUGAUCGAGGAUUGAUGGACUUGGACAUUGGUAAGAAUGAUGACAUCAAUGCAAUAUCAGAAUCGUCUCCCAAGCUAUUGGGAAUUCACCAGGACUAUGAUUCAGAUAAUGGAGGGGAGUUAUCGCCGGUGGAAUUUGGCUUCGGCAUGGAAAUCAAUGAGACAGCCCUUGAAGUUGGAUAUUACGACAAACCGGUUUCGAUAUGUAUACCUCGUGUACUUCAACCACUGCCUGCAAAAUUACUGGAAAAUCCUAUGAAUCUACUUUAUUUUGUAAGCCCUCUUUACGCAUACUGGCUUGAGCUUAUUCUACCGCAGAUGGCGGUUCGAGACGAUGAUUUGUUACAUCUUCUACUUGCAUACUCUGCCACGCAUCGGGCCAGACUUCUAAGACAACCAGAGCCUGCGACUCGUAUAGCUCUAUGGGUCAAAGACAUCUUUCCUAACCUUAGGCACGCGCUCGAUGAUCCAAAUAAAAUCACAUCGAAUGUUAACCUCGCCACGGUGAUCAUGCUCGCAUCUUUGGAAAUAAUAUCUCCAAAGGUCUUUGGAGUUGCCGUUCCAUGGCAGAAACACCUCGAGUUCGCACGACAAAUGCUCGUUGCCAGGGGUGGAGCUCAUCGUAUGCAAACUAUAUCCCGGAAAGAUAAAGUCUCGUCUUUCCUAUGGAGUUGGUUUGCAUAUUUGGAUGUCCUUGGCAGUAUGAGUGGAGGACAGAACCUUUCGUCCGCUUGGAUGUUGGAUUAUGAAGCAGAAGAUGAAGAGGAUGGUUACCAGAUUGACUGUAUUUUAGGUUUCACUAGUCAUUGCAUCCGAAUACUUGCCAAAGUUGCCAAUCUUGCACGUCAAUGUGACGAACGUCGCAUUAAUCCUGAUUCAACGAUUAAACAAGAAUGGCAACCAUCCGAUGAAGUUGUGAGCCGCGCGCACAAACUGGAAGCAGAUCUCAUCGAGUCGCGGCGUCACCCAGCGAAACCUUGCACUCACAUGCAAUCUAAGUCUGAAGCAGAAUAUGGUUGGGAUAGUCUUGAGGUCGCUGCAACCAAUGAAGCUUUUCAUUCUGCUGGGCUAGUUCAUCUACAUCGCAGGAUACUGGGAAAACCUUCAGCUCAUGAGGAUGUUCAGCAUGCCGUUGGUGAGAUACUUGGCUCCUUCAACAAGAUUAGGAAAGGAAGUAGUGCCGAAGCAUGCUUGUUAUUUCCCAUGUUCACAGCUGGGUGUGAUAUAUGGGAUGAGAAACAAAGAUCGGAUAUUCUCGAACGAAUGAAUAGGGUUGAGAGAUACGGAAUGACACAAGCACAUAAAGCACGGAGAUUGAUGGAGCAGGUCUGGGAAUCUGGGAAACCAUGGGAGACGUUAGUAGGCGGAGAAUUCUUUGGUUGA